ACACCUGAUAGCAAACAAAACCGAUCAACGACAUCGAGUUGGAUGAUCAGAACAGAACAGGUGGGUGAGAAAAAACAACAAAAAAACGGAAAAACUCCCCCCGUUGAUGCGACGGCGCCUCGCCGCUUAGCGUUCAUAUUCUUGUGCGAAGUUCCGCUCCCAGUCGCGUUUGUCGUUCCAUUCAACGAUGUCCAUUUUGUACGUUGGCAAAACCGAGUUCUGUUCGGGUUUUCCGUAAACUUUUCCAAGUUUUGGUGCGGCCGUUUUUUCCGAAAACUCAAGUUUUUCUGUGCCUGAUCUGUUUUGACUGUUGGACGAGACAACAUCAACAUGUCGGCCGCUUUGUGUUCGGUGCUGAUUUUAGCCGGAUUAACAGUUGUAGCGGCUCAAACAAAUUCUCUGGAGAUUCAGCCGAAGUCCAGGCCGAUCCGCAAAGAAUUGGGAGAAAACCUGGUAUUGACUUGUCGGCCCAGCGUUCCAAAUCCGGAAUUAAUAUCAAAUUUGGAAUGGCGCGACCGAAAAAAUCGUCGAAUCGAAAUCGCCCAGCGGAACGGCCCGAUUUACAUUCAGAAACUUUCUGGCGACGUGGGCAUAAUGCUGGUUUUUACUGGCUUGACUGAGGAACAAUCAGGAACGUACAGUUGCCAUGCGAACUACGCCAAUACUGAGCCUCUGUCCGCUUCAGUAGAAGUAAAUACAUUUAUUGACGUCCAAUUUGUGGACGCUCCCGAAAAUCAAUAUCCAAUAGCGGGGAAGAACUACAAGAUCCGAUGCCACGUGAAAGGUGAACCUUAUCCACUCAUCGACUGGUACAAAGGCGACACUUUAAUUGCCGAAAACUCGGAAAACUACAUUCGACAGGCCGAUGGGCUCUUUAUCAAAAAUGUAACUGAAGCUGACGAUGGCACCUAUAAAUGCGCCGCUGUGGUAAUGCAGACUGGCGUUUACAAGUCCAGGAACAUUAAGGUUGAAGUCCAAGUGCCUCCACAAAUUCUACCACUAGAACCAGUCGAAGUAGUGGAAGGUGAAACAGCAUCGACUAAAUGCGCAGCCACCGGCAAACCGCCUCCAGUUUACCAAUGGAUUAAACUGGAUCAGCGCAACGAUCUUUCCAGCACCGACAGGUUUAACGUGAAGAACAGAACAGGCGAACUAAUUAUGAACCGGGUGGAAUUCGGCGAUGAUGGGAUGUACAAGUGUGUGGCAGAGAACAGUGCAGGCCGAGUGGAGACCGAAGUUCGGAUUAACGUUUUAGUGAAACCGCAAAUUUACGAAUUACUGAACGUCACUGAGCCCGUAACAAACGAAACGCGAAUUACAUGCAAAACCAAAGGGCGGCCGCCUCCGCGCGUUACUUUUCGCAAGCUCAGCAAUCGAGAUCCGUUUUCGGUUGGCCAGCAGCCAGAGGAUGAACGGAUCACUUUGACCCAAGAAUCUGCUAUCGAUAGAGGCGAAGCCUCUGGAACUCUUCACAUCAAAAAUCUGAGUCGGAGCGACGAUGGUCUCUAUCAGUGUAUAGCCGAAAACAAGCCGGGAGCCGCAUAUCGAAACGGGCACAUUACUGUGUGGUUUAAGCCCACAUUUAAUCGAACGAGAGAUUUGCCGCCGGUUUGGAGUUGGGAUGGCAGGCCGGGAAAUUUGUCUUGUUUGCCCGAAGCCAUUCCGAAUGCUACAAUCGUGUGGCGAUGGAAUCAAGUCGAAAUAUCCGAGGAAAACUUCAGCAACGGCCGAGUUUCACGGAACAACUUUCAAGUGCAGGGUCGCAGCCCGCAGAGUUUUCUCAUUGUGAAACCGUACAACGAACAACGGUGCUCCCUACAUAGUGGAGAACCUAUUCCCGGAGGUGACGUAUCAUUUCCGGUUCGCUGCCCGAAACGACGUGGGUUUGGGGCCCUGGUCGAAUGCGCCCUCAACCACAAUGCCCCGCCGCUCAGUUCCGGCAGAACCAACUGUUUUAUUGCCCGUYAACUUGACCUACAAGCAGGAACUGGCUGGACCUUAUUCGAAUCAUUUCGAGCUACGAUGGAACGUGCCGGCAGAUAAUGGGGAACCGAUCGAAUAYUAUCUUGUCAGAUACUGCAAGAUCGAACGGAACAACGGCGAAGAGAGUGAAGUCGAGUGCAGCGAGAACAUCCAGCAAUCGGUGCAAUACACCAACUACCCGUUGGAGAACUUAAUGCCCGAUACCAUUUACAAAGUGGAAUUGAGGGCUCACAAUGCGAUAGGCGACAGCACACCCGCCACCAUCCGAAUACGGACAGCACGAGGUAUUGGACCAGUGCCGGUUGGGAGCCCCACUAUGAGCAGUUCAUUGAUCAUUGGAAUCGUCGUAGCAGCGAUCAUAAUCAUCUUGAUAGUGGUUGAUAUGACUUGCUACUUGGUGAACAAAACCGGACUUAUCGCUCUUUGUUGCGAGCGAGCGAGAAGGAAGACAAAGGACGAGGAGGAUCCCAAGCUCGGAAGUUACAAAGCGGCACCGGCCCAUCCGAAUACCCUCAACUUGCCCCAACCAAUCAAACUGGCUGGAACUCCUUCAGAAGAAAAGGAGCCAUUGAACCAACCGGUGGGCAAAUCGGUAAGCGUGGAGUUCGAUGGAAGGCAAGUCUACACCAAAUCAGGCGAAAUAAUUGGCAAACAUUCAGCUGUUUAAUCAGCGGUGGCGGUGCUGAAUUUAUUUAUUUGAUGAAAAAUGCGCUUUUGUUCGGAAAAUGUAACUGCCAAGUUGUUGUUAAUUAAAUAGCCUAAAUAUGCUCAGAAACUGCAAAAGACACUGUUGUGCAAUCACUAGUGAGCAUACCGAAAAUUAGACUCAACUGUGUCUGCAUGACAAUACACCUAUAAGGUUAAAGAGUCAGUUGAUAAAAGCCAACUAAGGAAUGAACACAGUGAAAAAAUUAAUUUAAAAGAAACGAAUUCAUGUUAACAAAGCUUAAAGCAUUAGUGUUUUGAAUUAUACUUAUGUGCCAAAUAGCUGCAUUUUUUGUAAUAAUGUUGACAAAACUAAUUGUAAUUAUUUUAUAUAAGGUGGGUGAAAAUGUGCAAAUAUCAAUGUUGUUGCCAAAAGUAGAGCGAAAGUAGCUACUUGACUAGAGCAAAACUUUCAACUCGGAGCAAACUCUCAUUUACUGUUGUGUGCUUAUAUGUGAAGAUGUAACAUUUCAAUCGAUCAUUAAAAAUUGCCAGUCAAAAAAUCAUUUCCUAUAGAUAAUAGAUAGGGUACAAACCAUUGGAAGCUUAUCGUGGAUAUGUACUUUAUGUUUUGCUCAUUAAUUACAGCUCUGGCAAAAACUAUUUAUUGUAGAUUACCAAAAUGUAUUUUUAGUUUUAACGACUAUUUUGUAUUAUAUUAGUGUAGCUUGAUGCGAAAUGGCAAGUGAUGAAUGCUAGGGCGUGAGUGAACGGGGGUUUAUCUAGCCCUAAGAGUAUUCCAACGCGUUAUAGCUAAUAGAGCACUUCAUUUUCUUAAUAUCAUUCCAAACUCAUCGACCCACAAUUCAGUAGGCCUUUAUCUACUUAACUACAUGAUAAGUUUGUUUUCCCACUACCAAAGGAUCUACCUUUAAGUUAGUUAGUUAUAUUUAACGCGUAGAUGUUUACAAAUAUUCAUGACAUAAAUGGAUUGUAUGUAGCUUUUGAUAUUAUUUAAAUAAAUAUAUUUGUCCAA